GAUUAUAUGUAAUAUGUCUGCACAGCCGUGGUGAUGCGUAAUGAUGAAUCUGUGUAACUUUGGCCUGAACGGUGACGUUGAACAUCGAUUGAAACAGUUCUUAAGGAAGUAGCCGCGCUUCAAAUCAAUUGUAGAAGUCUUGCAAGAAUGUUGUGCUCGAAGGGAAAAGCAAUUUUAUUACUGUUCACGAUGGUAUUUGCAUUUGCAGUUACACAGACCCAGUCGGUUUAUCUAAAUCAGAAACAGAAACAGAACAAAUUGAAUUUAGGCAAUCUCGUUAGAAACUUACUAACAAAUAUGGAACGAAGUGCUGUUUGGGAUGAAAAUUUGCAUUUUUCGCUCAUCAUUUCCGAGUUUAUAAUAAAACAAAAAGUGCGUUUUUAUGAGCCGACUCGUUUCGAAAGCCAACUAUACGAUGAGAUUUUAAAAAGAAUUGGUGCAUUUCGAGCCAGAAUUAUAUUGAACGACGGAACUGGCAGAUUGGCUAAUAUAUUGCAGAAGAGCGUAAUGUUGGUUAGGCCUGUAGUUGUCGAAAACCAGAUCAACACUGAGUUGGAAUAUAAAACCCUGGAGCGAAAUUAUGACAAUUUACAAGAUAUCGGAUUUCCGAACUCAACAUUUUCAGAUUUCUGCCUGCUACAUAUUAGCGCCUUGGAUAACUGUGAUUCCAUUGAAAAGGAGUGCCUCCGAGUGAUAAGUUCCAAUGCACCGUCGUACGGUUACCGGCGAAUGCAUCAAAUUCUAAUCCUUUAUGUGCUGAUGCACCACAGCUGUGCUCCGAACUUUGGCUCUCCACUCGUUUAUGAAAUUCUCUCAACACAUCAUUGCUCGCAUGUCUAUCGUGAACAUCGGAUUUUGUCCAUGGCGCAUUCUCAAGCUCGUCGGGAAUUGUAUAUCGAGCAAAGUGCAUUGUGUGGCCUAUUCGGUUUUAAAGAGUUUCUUAAUAUGGCCGAAAUAAGGAAAAUUGUUUCCUGGGAUAAAUUUGGAGUUUGCCAUUGUGUCGGUGGUGUAAGCGUAUUUCGUGCCUCGGAUGAAAUGGAUAUUUGCAAAUGUGCCGAUCACUCCCACAGUGUGGCUUUACUUUUUUAUGUGAAUGCUAUGCUGUUUUUAAACUGA